CGCAAGAAAGUCGUCGCAGCCGAGUGGAACAUCGGCCGUCGCUUGCCCGCGCGGUGCCAACACUGUUCCCAGCUGUCUUCAUGCGUUAGCACCGAAGCUGUCGAAGCCUUCCACAAGAGAUUGCCUGUCGGUGAGCGCGAUACCGGAUGCCAGAGAAGGGAAAGAUGGCAGACGACGAGUACGGGUACGAGCACCGCGACCCGCGCCUGCUGCAGAGCAUCGAGUCGAGCCAGACGCUGCCGCAGGACGACGAGGCCGACGCCAGCGCCAAUGCCAACGCGGACAGCGGAAGCGUGCGCUCCGACGCGGAUGCGGACGCCACAGAUGGCCUCUCCGCUUCCGGGCAGCGGCUGUCGUUCAGUUCGAGCACGGGCUCCACCGGCGCCGGACCGGACGACGACGACAGGCGCAGCUCGUUCGGUUCCGACCUGGGUGCGGCGACGCAGAAGCAGCAGCAAGAGCGCAAGGCGCGCCCGACUCCGCCGGCGCUCUCUCAGCGCAGCCGCAAGAAGAUGUCCGCCGCCGCCAGCGACGCCGACGACGCCACCGUCAAGGAGGAGGACUUGCCGCAGAAGUUCCAGGUCAAGUACCUGGGCUUCCGCGACGCCAGCGGCCUCUGGGGCAUCAAGCACACGCGCAAGCCGGUGGACGCGCUCGUGGCGGCUGCCAAGUCGCUCAAACAGGGCACCGUGCUGCCCAUAGUCAACGUCACCGUCUCUAUCGACGGGCUCACCAUCACCGCCGACAAGAAGCACGACGACGUCAUCGGGUUCUUCCCGGUGGACACCAUCUCGUACGGCGUGCAGGACUUGGUGUACACGCGCGUCUUCUCCAUGAUAGUGGUGCGCGAGGUGACCGACAGCAAGUCGCAGCACCCGUUCGAGUGCCACGCGUUCGUCUGCGACAGCCGGUUCGGCGCCCGCAAGAUCACGUACGCCCUCGCGGCCGCCUUCCAGGCGUACAGCCGGAGCGCUAAGGGCCAAGGCAAGGUGCCGCAGAAGCGCUUCGCCAUCGACCUGCGGGUGCCGGAGCAAAUUGUCGAAGUCGAUCAGGAGAUGCCCGACUCCGAAGCGUAACCUGCCUGUUACUUUCUCGUGAGGCCACUACCGCAUCAGCACCUCAGAAACAAUCUCCGAUGCUACUAUCGUACUGUUGUCACUUCUAUGGUGGUGGAAAAGUGUGUAUGGCGGGCAUUACUGUGGAACUUUCCCCACUCUCACCCGGUUCCCACAGUUUGCCAAAUCAACCGUGUGAUUAGUUUCUCGAGUAUAGUUUUGAGAGAAGACUGAAUUAAAUAAUUUACAUGGACAGUCUUUUCUAACUGCUGUGCUUCAGUUAUUGGAGACCCAUCAAAACUGUAGUCUCAAAUCGAACAUAUUCUCUGUUUUUCUGUAACCCCUCCCUAUUUUCUUUUGUUUUACUUUACUUGAAGAAAGGUGAUUACAAGUUAAAUGUGCAUCUUUCUUUGAAAUUAGUAGCAGCACCAGAGAUUUGGUCAGCCAUUUCUACUCGUUAGAUGCGAAACAUGUAAUUCAGUGCAAUCAGUACACCGCAGAACUGGAAAAGCUUCAUUUGUAAAUAUCAGUAAACUCUGGGCCGUAAUGUUGGUGUUACGUAGUUUCACGUCUAAAAUUCGUUUUAAUGGUGACUCCAUUAUUAGUACAGCCAAGCAGUGCAGUGUCAAUUGUA